AAUGCAUACAUGCUAAUGUAAUGACAAUCUUAUUCAGGAGCAAGGUUUGUCGCGGGGCAGCUUCACCACUAGGGACAUGCAGGAGUAUUAAAAUCGGGACUUCCAUCUUUGCGCCAAGUAGAGAAAAACCCUAAAAACCAGGAAGAGCUAACCCUCAGCCAUCGUCGACACCCCAGUCUUACCAUCCGCUAUGGACGAGGAAGAGCUCCAAAACCUAACCCUAAACCCAAUCCCUUCCAAUGACCCAUCUCCACCUCCUCCACUCUCCAUGCUGCCCACUCCCCCUCCAAUUGCCCCCAUACCCAUUCUCCGCCCCCGCAUCGCCACUUCCACCCCAGCUGCCGCCUCAGAUUCCGAUCGCGAGGGCUCCCUCCCCCCUCAUCGCUCCGAAGACUAUGAAAUUUCAGAUGAGAGUCGCCUCGCCCGGGAGCGCCAUGAGAAGGCUGUGCAAGAUUUACUCAUGAAGCGCCGAGCUUUCGCAAUGGCCGUCCCUACCAACGAUGUCUCAGUUCGCGCCCGCCUUCGCCGGCUUGGUGAGCCCGUUACACUCUUCGGAGAGCGCGAGAUGGAGCGCCGUGAUCGGCUCCGAGAAAUUAUGCUCAAGUUAGACAACGAGGGACAGCUCGAGCGCCUUCUUAAGGCGCAUGAAGAGGAGCAGCAGACGAUCGCAGUGCCUGCGGAGGAUGAAGGGCCGCAGGUGUACCCAUUUUAUACUGAGGGGACUCGAGAGCUUUUAGAAUCGAGGAUGAAGAUUGCAAAGUAUUCAUUGGCUAAGGCAGCUGCGAGAUUGGAGAGGGCGAGGAGGAGGAGAAAUGAUCCGGAUGAGGAUGAAGAUGCUGAGGCCAUGGAGGUUGUGGGACAGGCUAAGGAGUUGGCGCUUGAAUGUAGUGAGAUCGGUGAUGAUCGUCCACUGACUGGAUGCUCUUUUUCGCAUGAUGGAACGCUUCUCGCCACAUGUGCUUGGAGUGGAAUCACUAAAAUAUGGAGUAUGCCUCAAGUAUCCAAACAAACAACCUUAAAAGGUCACACAGAGCGUGCAACUGACGUUGUAUUUUCUCCCGUGGCUAACAUUUUAGCAACUGCAUCAGCUGAUAGAACCGCUAAACUAUGGAAAAGUGACGGAUCAUUCUUGAAAUCCUUUGAUGGCCAUCUCGAUCGGCUUGGUCGAAUUGCCUUUCAUCCGUCUGGAAACUACCUCGGAACCGCUAGUUUCGAUAAAACAUGGAGACUUUGGGACAUCGAUACAGGAACGGAGUUACUUCUCCAAGAAGGCCAUAGUCGUAGCGUCUAUGCCGUAUCCUUCCAUCCAGAUGGAUCUCUGGCCGCAUCGUGCGGCCUCGAUUCACUUGUUCGUGUUUGGGACCUUCGUACAGGAAAAAGCAUUCUCGCAAUGGAAGGCCAUGUUAAGCCAGUUUUGGGAAUUUGCUUCUCUCCUAAUGGAUUUCGUUUAGCUAGUGGUGGAGAAGAUAAUUGUUGCCGUAUUUGGGAUCUGAGGAAGAGAAAAUGUGAAUAUACAAUUCCAGCGCAUUCAAACCUUAUUUCUCAAGUGAAGUAUGAGCCCCAAGAAGGUUAUUUUCUGGCGACCUCUUCAUUUGAUACAAAGGCAGUGGUUUGGUCAGCUCAAGAUUUCAAGCCUAUUAAGACUCUAUCUGGCCAUGAAUCAAAGGUUACAGGAUUGGAUAUUACAGCUGAUGGACAGCACAUUGCAACAGUUGCUCAUGACCGCACCAUCAAGAUCUGGUCCAGUAGAAGUAAUGGAAAACAAAAGGCGAUGGACAUUGACUAAAUUUCAUACAAGAACAGA